AUGUCAACAAGCGCGGGUAGUGCUGAUAUCGUUGGCACGACGUCGAGCAGUGCUGGAUCGUCGAUGGUCGGCCUUGCACCGGCCCUCUACGCUUCCGCGUCCUCCGCAGCCGCAAGCCCAGCUAUUACAACUCGAAGCGGAAGCUCCAGUUCGACUUCUAGCUCCUCUUCCUCAUCGUACGACAACCCCUCUACCUACCCGAUGCACCAACCACAAUCGAUCAACAUCCGCGCGCUCCUCAGUGCGCAAGGCAACCAAGAUUUCUACUCGCCGUCUGUAUUCGACGCGAUGGAUUGCGAAGAUAUGGAUUUGGAGGAGGCGUUCAUUCGUGCGCAGCGUGCGGCGUUUGAGGCGAUUGACGAUGCGGCGCUUGCGAGGGCGUUGGCAGAGUCGGAGCGCGAGGCGCAGGUCAAGAGUCAACGCCAGCUCGUUCCCGCUGCGGCGACGACUGCGAUGCAGAUCGGACAGGGAUAUAGCCCCCACCAGUACCAGCAACAGCUGCAGAGACCAACCGCGCCUUCUAGAGCCAGUUCCACCGCCACCACUGCUAGUUCCUACUCCACUUCGUACUCGACGUCGAGUUCCGCGUUCUAUGGAACAGCGGGGUCGACCGGGAGAGGACGAAGCGCCACUCAACAGCAAUCCAAUUCCCAUUCCCAUUCCCGUUCGCAAUCGACUAGGAUUCAGCCGCAGCCCAUGUCCAUCCCUCAGCCCAAGUACGCUUUGGUUUCUCCGAGCGAGUUGGGCGGUGGCGGGGGUGUGCCGAGGAGGCAUACGAGGUCUGGAUCGACCACGUCCACCAGCUCCAUCGAUUCUUCCACCUCAUUCUCCUCCUCCUCGUCGUAUUCGUACUCGUCUGAAUCGUCGGGUUCGACGUCGACCUCUGCCAGUUCCAUGGUCGAUCCUCCCAGCCCACCCAACGGGCUCAACACGAGCGUUGCUGCCAGUGGGAAGCGGUUCAUCUCGGACGAGGAGGCAGCUCGUGAGUUGGCAAGGAGCUGGAGAGUGGAAGCGAUCCAGCCACAGCUGAUUGAAGCUGCGCGUGCGGUGUCGGCUUCGCCGCCUGCCAUGCCCCCUGCUCCGCUGGUUAUGAUGCCGAGUUGGGGCAGCAGGGCGUCCAGUUCGAUCUCGACUUCUUCGACUUCUACUUCGAGGCCUUCGACCAGUUCUGCUUCGACUUCGACUUCCACCUCCGCUUCCACUUCGCCGUCCCCUUCGAGGCCGAUUACUGUGUCGGCGUCUACCUCUGCUUCGGCCUCCGCUUCUGCUUCUGCGUCGCGCUCGGCGAGGGCUUCGUUCUCCUCCUACCGGCCUUCGACGCCAUCUUCUUCUGCUUCAGCAGCACGUCACCAAAAUGCGUCGGCCCAUACUAAAACGUCUUCCACGUCGACAUCGUCGGGGUUGACCAAUACAAAAGUACCCCUAAUCUUUUCUACAGCAUCUAAUUCCGCCACGGCGCCACCCAAAAGUCAUUCUUCUACCUCUGCUUCGACCUCUACGUCGUCAAGGACGACCGCCUCGGCGUUGACGCAGGAUCGUCUUCGCUAUCAUAAUCAGCAAUCAUCUUCGAGUCCCAUCCCCCUGUCUUAUUUUAAUCCUUCGCCCUCCACUUCGACCUCGACUUCGACUUCUCAAUUCAAUGGGAAUGGUACGAUGUCGGCUUCUGCAUCCAAAACGGGCGGGACGUUGGGGGAGGUAGUCCUGCCAUCUACCGCCAGCGUGUGCAGUGUUAGUACUGUCAGUACGAUUACCCCCACGCAAAAGGAGCCACCGUCACAGCAGUCGUCUAAAUCGUCGAAGCCGAUGCCAGUCGCCAUCCCUUCCCCUCAGUCUUCCCGCUCUGCUCAGCGGGGGAGUAACGCCCCGGGUGCGGCGAUGCCUUCUACUACCAAAUCUGCUUUAUCCUCCACUCCUACUUCCUCCAAACGCGCUUUAUCCUCUAGUCCCGCCACUUCCAAAACUAUUUUAUCCUCUAGUCCCGCCUCCAACAAACCAACGAUCCCACCGUCUACGUCUGCAUUGUCAAGUUCCCCGGUCGUUACGCUAACGAGGCCUCGUGCGCUUUCUCGGGUCACGCCAUCUGUUUCUCCUCCGACGGUGCCUAAGCCUGCUACAACUGCACCAGUCCACCGAGUUGAAUCUCGCCGACCAUCGACCUCGUCUGGUAUGCCCAUCCCUAGUGGUAUCUCGAGUUCGCCUUCUGCGAGGGAUUUGGCGAUGGGUUUGAUGUCUGGAUCUUUAUCCUCGUCGAGCUUGAACUCGGGCUUGUUGGUGGGCUCUCCGUUGGGCGACCGGCAGAGGAGCAGCGGUAGUGGCAGUGGGAAGGACAAGAGCGUGCCACUGGAGGACGAGGUGGAGAGCGCGCCUCAGUUGGAGUUUUUGAGUGCUUCGAGGGAGUGUGUCAAUUGCGGGUGUGUAGUUUCGGGUGAGCAGGGCCAGGCUGGGGCCGCGAGUUCGAUCCCAAGUGACCCAUUCGCACCCUCCUUCCUCCGCACCCUCCACGUCACCUGUCAGCGAUGCUCGACGAUGCAUUGUCGGGGGUGUUUUAAGCCUCUUUGCUGUGAUUCAUCCUCAGAGAACUUGACCAGCAACCCCGAUGCAACUCGGAAUCGACCGGGAUGCCCCAAGGGAUGUCAAGGUGGCAAGACAUGCUCGAUCAAGUCGUGCUGUCCACUCGUCGCGCUCAUCGCCAUCUCCCAAUGUAUCGAUGUAUUCGACCGGUCGUUUGCCGCCAUGAUCGAGGAGAUGUGCCCCCCUUCUUCGUCUUCCAGUUCACGAACUAGGCCAGCCAAGAAGCUCGUAGCGCUCCUCGACACCCCCAAACGUCUUUCGUUCUUGGAGCUGGUGUUGUCCAGGAGGGAGAGGACGACCAAGGCUUUUGAGACGCUUGUGGUUGAUACAUUCGAGUGUUUGCAGGGUUGGUUGGGGGUGUUGAAGGUUUUGUUUAUGGAGUCUAGUUUGGUGGUGGGUGGGUCUGGGUCUGGCAAUGGGAAGGGGGUUGAUGAUGAUGGGGUGUCGUGUUUUUCUGGGAGGACUAUUCAGUUCCGGAUGGAUGAUGAUUAUGAUUUCGUCUUUCCUGGUCGUCGUGGUGCACGAUCUAGUGUACCUGCUGCUGACGAUGAUGACGCCUCUUCCGCUUCCGACGACGACGAUGAGACUUCCUCCACUACUUCUUCCUCUGCAUCCGACGACGACGGCGCAGACGCGAUCGACGAGCGCAACACUCAAACGCGACAACACCUCCAAACGCUCUUCUCAACGUCGACGCUUCCGGUGUUGAUGCAUUUCUUCUUGUCGAAUGAGAAUGUGAGCGAUUGGAUCAAGUUUUCGGAUGUGUAUAUGGGGAUUUUGGGGGUGUUGAGGAGGGUGGUAGAAUGUGGGUGUGGGAGUGUUUUGAGUGGGGGGUCUGUGGAAGGUGGCCUGAGUGGAGGGAAGUCGACCGAUUCCAAACCCGCUAGGAAUGGAGAGUCGAUUAGGGAUCUAGUCCUUCGACUUGAUCGCGACACAAAAGGCCAGCUUAUGCGGUUUGCGAGUACGAUCAAGUUUGGGGGUACGAAGGAGAAGGUGAAUCGGCUGUGUGAUGGGAUUAUGUGGUUUGUUUUGGAGGAUUUGACUGAUUAG